CCCUCCACAGGCAGCGAUGGUCUGAGCCAGUCUAGCUCCCUACCCCGCGUCUCUCCCCGCCCCGAGCUAAGUGGUUUGAUCCAGCGCUCCGCGUUUGGCUCGAUUUGGCCAUGUCGCGUGCCCGUACCGUGAGGGCGGGAGUGACACGUUCCCAUGGGGAAGCGGCUGCGUGUCCCUGAGGCCCGGGGUGGGGCCUCUUCUCUUAAAGGGGCCGCGCCACGGGCGGGAGCCGGGAAGAGCCGAGACCGUCGCGGUGAGGAUGGCAGAGAAGAUCCUUGUGACAGGUGGAGCUGGGUACAUUGGCAGCCACUGCGUGCUGGAGCUGGUGGAAGCCGGCUAUAUCCCGGUGGUGAUCGAUAACUUCCACAAUGCCAUCCGAGGGGGAGAUACUCUUCCCGAAAGCCUGCAGCGCGUGCAGGAGAUUGUGGGCAAGAAGAUUCUUUUCCAGGAGCUGGAUAUCCUUGACGAGGCAGCUCUGCGGGAGCUCUUUCAGAAGCACCGUUUUUCAGCUGUGAUGCACUUUGCAGGGCUGAAGGCCGUUGGGGAGUCUGUUCAGAAACCCCUGGAGUAUUACAAGGUGAACCUCACGGGGACCAUUCGACUGCUGGAGACAAUGAAAGCACACGGGGUGAGGGACAUUGUGUUCAGCAGCUCAGCCACAGUGUACGGAGACCCAGCCUACCUCCCGCUGGACGAGAACCACCCAGUUGGGGGCUGCACCAACCCCUACGGCAAAUCCAAGUACUUCAUUGAGGAGAUGAUCCGAGACCUGUGCAAGGCCGAGAAGGACUGGAAUGCCAUUCUCCUCCGGUAUUUCAAUCCCAUCGGAGCCCAUGAAUCAGGGAGAAUCGGAGAAGAUCCCCAGGGAAUCCCCAACAAUCUGAUGCCCUACGUUGCUCAAGUGGCAGUGGGGCGCCGGGAGUACCUGAGCGUGUUUGGGGACAAUUAUAAGACAGCUGACGGAACAGGUGUCAGGGAUUAUAUUCAUGUCGUGGAUCUAGCCAAAGGCCACAUCGCUGCUCUGAAGAAACUGAAAGAAAACUGUGGCUGCAAGAUCUACAACCUGGGCACAGGCAGUGGUUACUCUGUCCUGCAAAUGAUCCAAGCCAUGGAGAAAGCAUCGGGAAGAGAGAUAAAGUACAAGAUCACUGCACGGCGGGAGGGGGACAUCGCCGCCUGCUACGCUGACCCGGCCCUGGCCGAGCAGGAGCUGGGCUGGAAAGCUGCCUUUGGGCUGGACAAGAUGUGUGAAGAUUUGUGGCGGUGGCAGGUGCAGAAUCCUACAGGCUUCAGCAACAACUAGAGCGUCGGCCCCGGGGAGCAGCCAGGAUGGUGCCGGCCUGCCAGAGUCUUGGUCCCCGGGGAGCUGCCGUUGCUUUCUCUCCGGGGGGCCAGCUUGAGUCGUACUGGGCCUGUGACAUUUUCCCACCUUUUAACCAGAAGCUGACUUUACUCAUGGCACGGGGCAGUCAAGAAGCAGCCUAGGGCCUGGCCUGGCCUUCGGGGGGAGGGAAGCCCCGGGCUCUACAGCAGCAGAGGGCUGAGCAGAACUUGCACAGCUUAAAACAUCGCAGCACGAUUCAGUGGAGUCCCUCCGAGAAGGAACAGAACCCCCCCCCCCCCAAGCCCUGCAGGGCUCUGGCACGGAGGGGCUUGCUCCUUCCCUCAUUGCAGAGAUGGUCGCUGAGCACGGGCCCUUCCCUCUCACCUACCUCACAAGGACAGGACACCACACACACUCUGCAGCUUCCCAAGGGCCAGGCCAUCUCGGCAGCAUUUUCGUAUACACGAGCCCAUCCUGCCCCCGGGUCCUAUUCCCCUGUGCAUGGGAACAUCUUCCCCACUCCUGGGGGGGGGGUUUCCAUCUUCCACCCUCGGGGCUUGUGCACUGCCCUUUCCCUUCCCCCUGGAGCAGUUUGCUCCCUGCCUCAGUUCCCUCACCCUUGCCUGGAAGGGACCAAAUGAGAGUUUUAUUGUGUCUGGCGGACACAGGAGCCAGGGCUUGGUGCUGACGAGUCCGUUGUGUCAAACUGCGCUGAGCUAGCAUAUGGCAUUGAAUGGCCGGGCGCGGCUUAGUCACUAACUCUCGUGGGACAGAGCGUGUACGUGACAGGAAAAUCACCAGCCCUUCAUGGCUGCGGCAGCUAUUUACUUACAGUCAGACUCACCGAAGCCUGCCUGGAGCAACGGGUUGUUUUCGUAGCUCCUAAAGCUUUUCUUUAUUACAGCAAACGCUGGGAGCGAGCGGGAACACGGGCCAGUCUGUUGCGCUCCCACUUCCUACAGCUCACAACUGAUGCUACUGAAUGAUGCAUUGAGAGUUUGACUUGCCUCAGGGGCCAGCGUGAUUCAAACUGUUCCCGCCUUAGAGACGAGGUGGCACAGAGCUGCGGUGCCCCAGGAUCUCGUUGCAUUAAAGAGACCGGCUCAACGGCU